AUGUCUGUCCCAGAUGCAGGGCCACGGGAAAAUGGCCACGCAGCCGACCUGCAGAUCUUCCGUCGCACCUUUGAUUGCGGUCAUCUUGAUGAGUUCAUCGAAGUACGACUGCUUGAAGGCGGAGAGAAAUUGCAUAAUAUAAAUACACUCGAAGUGUUCAAGGAAUACAAUAGAGCUGAGAACUGCCCAGUGAACAUCAAGGCGCGAUGUCUGAACUGCGCAAGAAAAGCGAAAGACGAAGACGACAGAGACCAAAGGGUACGACCAAAGAAAACACUGGGCGCGUACCAAGCAGGCACAUCGUCUACGUAUGCAAGAAAGACUGGUAUAAUCCCCCAGGGUGGGUUUGAAGGUAUUUUAGAGAGGUACAGAUGUUCAAAUAGUCAGGGCACGGCCGUAAAACCUCAUCCACGCGUUUCGGAAGAGGCGUAUCGAGCUCACCGCCUUGAAGUUAAAGCAGAAGCUGCAGCAUUCCCUGGCAAGUGGCUAGCGAUUCCAGCAAGAAGAGUUGAAUCAGCGAUCCACCGGAGGAUGUCUCGCUUGUUUGAAGAGAACAACGAACCGCUCCAGUCUAACAUAAAUGGCGACAACGGCAGCGCUCAAUCUGGUGUACUCCCACAAACCAGGAAAGAUGGCGAAUCAUCCGGUCUGUGUUCUGAGCUAGAAAUGGUGGAAGGCAAAGAUACUGGAGACGUUACCAUGAUAAAAGCUGAAAUUGACCCUGCCAAAGGUACCAACUGUUUCUUUCUCGCGCUCCCGUCAAAGAGCGAAGAUGAGAGAUUCCGACCAGUUGCCAUGAAUAGGCAACGAAAGCUUCUCGACGCGGCUGACUUCAUUGGGAAGAACAGCGACGGCACCCCCUCGAGUCGUGCGAUGGAAUUACACUGCCCUCAGACCGCCAAUAGCUCUGCUUCAUCGGCAAGAGAGUCCGCCGUCAUGGAGGACUUGGUCGAUCAGUAUGCCUUACAUCUCGAAAACGACUUUGAUCCAGCUCUUGUAGAUACGAGGUAUGAGAAACCACGACCAGUCCCCGCGGUGCCUAAGAAAGGUCCGCUGGACUGUAUAAAGCGGCGAAGCAAUACCUCGCCAAGAGCGUCGAGGAACUUCCGGAGGUCACGUUUGGAUACCCCUCACUCCGCCCGAUCCGUCGAGAUAAUGGAGCUGGGCAAUGAGAGUCCAGACUGGGCCUGCCAAACCUCCUUGGCCAUUGAGGCUGGAAGAAUUUCUAUGGACAGUGUGAGCAUGCAAGAUCGGGAGUUGAUAUCGUCGAAACACAUUGGAAGCGAGGCGUAG